UGAAGCCUAUUGACUAUUUGUGUAAGAAAUCCUAAAAUGAAAUUCCUGCCAAAUUUCUUUUACAGAUAUGCCUGAUUGGUCAAACCUUCAACAUGAUCUACUGGUUCUAAUAAUUAGACGUUUAAAUUUGAUUGAAGACUACCUUAAUUUCGGCACUGUCUGCAAAUCAUGGCACUUUGUGUCCACCAAGGACAACUUUAACAGUAACUUGCCUAGGGUUCCAUGGCUAAUGCUAGCUGAGGAAGAGUAUGAUUACACCUGUAGAAAAUUCUUCAGUCUCUAUAAUGGCAUGAUUUUGAAGAAGCGGAUUCCUAAAGCGAGUGGAAAACGAUGUAUGGAAUCUAUGGGAUGGCUUAUCACAGUUGGAAAAGAUGAGGGUGAAAUCAGUCUGUUACAUCCCUUCUCCGGUGUUCAAAUCCAAUUGCCCCAUCAAAAUACCACCGAACAUUAUGAAUUCAACCAGACUCCCGUUCCAUGGACCUUUGUCCAGAAAGCAGUUCUGUCAGGCAAUCCUUCUCAUACAUCUGAUUAUGUUCUCGUGGUCAUUGAGGGACACUACCAAUUCCUCAGUUUCUGGAGACCAGGAGAUUUGUUAUGGACCAGGAUUAGGAAACCGGCCUAUUUCCCACAUAUUAGUGAUGUGGUAUAUUUCAGUGGCCACUUUUAUGCAGUCAGUUAUAAUGGGUGCGUGCAAGUUUGUGAUGUUGUUGGCUCUGAACCCACUAAAAGUCACAUCAUAGCACAGCUAGCACCAUGGAUUGAUGGCAAGUAUUACAUCCUAGAAUCACUAGGAUCAUUAUUUGUAGUUUCGCAAGAUGGUGUUGAUAUAAGAUACGUCAAAGAUGACCGCGAAAGGAUUCCCCUGACGCACAUCCAAGGUGAAGAUGAUGAGGAGGAGAAGAUGUACACGUACAAGACAAGAAAUUUUCUAGUUUUUCAGAUCGAUUUAGAUACUUGCAAAACUACGCUAACCAGGGAUUUAGGGGACAGAGCUUUUUUCCUGGGCGCUAAUGCUUCUCUUUCAGUCCAAGCUUCUCAAUUUCCAGGAAUCAAGCCCAAUCAUAUUUAUUUUACUGAUAAUUGUUUGGGUGCAUACCUCCACUUUGAAGAAGGAGGCGGUUUGGACAUGGGGGUGUUCAACUUAGCAGAUGGCAGUAUCCAGCCACAUUAUGAUGGUGUUUCCCUCAGUCGUGUUUGUCCUCCAAUUUGGGUCACACCAACUCCGUGUUGACCCUUGGAUGUCUUCCUGUCCCAACCAAUUCAGAUGGAGCCUAAAGUAAAUCCUCAAAUCUCAAUUGUUUGGCCAAGAGGACUUAAAAGAAGU